AUGAGACCAAAACGACAGACAAUUCUUAUUAUCAACGAAUACACCGCAAGAAGAAAGCCGAAGAGGAGAAGAGAGCCGAAGAGGAGAAGAGAGAUGAAGAGCAAUAGAGAGCCGGCAGAACAGAUAAUUCUGGAGAACUACGCCUUUCCCGGAGUUUUGCUCAUCGGAACCGAUAGUCACACCGUAAACGGCGGCGGAUUAGGCGGUCUAUGCAUUGGUGUCGGCGGUGCCGACGCUGUGGACGUAAUGGCUGACAUUCCGUGGGAACUGAAGUGUCCGAAUGUGAUUGGCGUUAGGCUGACGGGUAAACUGAGCGGUUGGACCUCUUCUAAGGAUGUGAUCCUUAAAGUGGCCGACAUAUUGACAGUAAAGGGCGGAACCGGUGCUAUUGUCGAGUACUUCGGACCGGGUGUGGACUCGAUCUCAUGCACGGGAAUGGGAACCAUAUGUAAUAUGGGCGCAGAGAUCGGCGCCACCACUUCUGUGUUUCCCUACAACAGCCGAAUGAGAGACUAUUUGGCGGCCACUAAUCGCGAGGAGAUCGCCGACGCGGCCGAUGGGAACAAAGACCUGUUGACCAGCGAUUCCGGGUGUAAAUACGAUCAGGUGAUUGAAAUCGAUUUGUCCACUUUGGAGCCGCACGUGAACGGACCGUUUACUCCCGAUUUGGCGCAUCCCAUCUCCAAAUUGGCCGCAAACGCCAAAGCGAAUGGAUAUCCCAUCGAUGUUAAGGUGGGACUCAUCGGCAGCUGCACUAACAGCAGCUACGAAGACAUGAACAGAUCGGUCAGUAUUGCCAAACAGGCGAUGAAACACGGCUUAAAGUCUAAGUCGAUAUUCACUGUAACGCCCGGUUCGGAGCAAAUCCGCGCCACCAUUGAGAGGGACGGACAGGCGGAAGAGUUGCGCAAAUUUGGAGCUCUUGUAUUGGCCAACGCUUGCGGUCCUUGUAUUGGCCAAUGGGAUCGUAAGGAUGUGAAGAAAGGCGAGAAGAACACAAUCGUCUCGUCCUAUAACCGCAACUUCACGGGUCGUAAUGACGCCAAUCCGGCCACUCAUGCGUUUGUCACUUCACCCGAAUUGGUGACCGCACUCGCGAUCGCCGGUCGACUGGACUUUAAUCCUCUCAAAGACGAACUGACCGGCGCUGACGGCAAGAAGUUUAAACUGGAUGCGCCCACCGGUGACGAGUUGCCGUCGCGUGGCUUCGAUCCCGGACAGGACACAUAUCAGGCGCCACCCGUUGACGGAAAGGGCAUUUCUGUGGACGUCGACCCCAAGAGUAAACGCUUACAACUGUUGGCCCCGUUUGACAAGUUUGAUGGAAAGGACUUAACAGAUAUGGUUGUCCUCAUCAAAGUGAAGGGCAAGUGUACAACAGAUCACAUCUCAAUGGCCGGACCGUGGCUUAAAUAUAGGGGUCAUUUGGACAACAUCUCCAACAAUAUGUUUAUUGGGUUUGUGGGACUCAUCGGCAGCUGCACUAACAGCAGCUACGAAGACAUGAACAGAUCGGUCAGUAUUGCCAAACAGGCGAUGAAACACGGCUUAAAGUCUAAGUCGAUAUUCACUGUAACGCCCGGUUCGGAGCAAAUCCGCGCCACCAUUGAGAGGGACGGACAGGCGGAAGAGUUGCGCAAAUUUGGAGCUCUUGUAUUGGCCAACGCUUGCGGUCCUUGUAUUGGCCAAUGGGAUCGUAAGGAUGUGAAGAAAGGCGAGAAGAACACAAUCGUCUCGUCCUAUAACCGCAACUUCACGGGUCGUAAUGACGCCAAUCCGGCCACUCAUGCGUUUGUCACUUCACCCGAAUUGGUGACCGCACUCGCGAUCGCCGGUCGACUGGACUUUAAUCCUCUCAAAGACGAACUGACCGGCGCUGACGGCAAGAAGUUUAAACUGGAUGCGCCCACCGGUGACGAGUUGCCGUCGCGUGGCUUCGAUCCCGGACAGGACACAUAUCAGGCGCCACCCGUUGACGGAAAGGGCAUUUCUGUGGACGUCGACCCCAAGAGUAAACGCUUACAACUGUUGGCCCCGUUUGACAAAUUUGAUGGAAAGGACUUAACAGAUAUGGUUGUCCUCAUCAAAGUGAAGGGCAAGUGUACAACAGAUCACAUCUCAAUGGCCGGGCCGUGGCUUAAAUAUAGGGGUCAUUUGGACAACAUCUCCAACAAUAUGUUUAUUGGAGCGAUUAAUAUUGAGAAUAAUGAGGCGAAUAAAGUGAAGAAUCAAUUGACCGGUGAAUGGGGUGCAGUGCCCGACACGGCCCGCGCCUACAAAGCAAAGGGUGUCAAAUGGGUUACCGUUGGCGACGAGAAUUACGGUGAGGGCAGCAGUCGAGAGCACGCGGCUCUCGAGCCCAGACAUCUCGGCGGACGCGCUAUUAUUGUCAAGAGUUUUGCCAGAAUUCACGAAACUAAUCUAAAAAAGCAGGGAAUGCUUCCGUUGACGUUCUCUAACCCUAAAGAUUACGACAAAAUCCAACCGACGGACAGAAUAUCAUUACUCGAUCUGAAGAGUAUCGCUCCCGCAAAGGCCGUCAAAUGCGAAAUUAAACAUAAGGACGGCUCGAAAGACGUGAUUGAAUUGAAGCAUACAUUGAAUGAUCUACAGAUCGGAUGGUUUAAAGCCGGCUCUGCUCUCAACAGAAUGGCUGAAGUGAAGAAAUAAUGCACUUUUUUGUUGUUUUUAGCAUUUAUUCAAAUAGUAUAUUCAUUUCAUUCAUACAUAAAUUAAUUAAAUUUAGUUAUAAUUAGAUAUAAUAUAAACUUAGAUAUAAUUAUCCUUUUUUUGAUAACAAACGUCAU